UAGCCAACUACAGUACAGAGCACAGAAGAUUAAUGUAUCUCAAUGCAGUCUUUGACUUUAUCAUAAUAAUAUUAAAUAGUCCCAACAGUGGGAAAUUAUAUAGCCAAGGAUUUUUUUGUGAGCUGCCCAUUUCCAAAAAGGUGUCUUUCAGCUGGCCGUUUACCAUUUAUUUAUAUAAUACCGCAGCCACCCUGAGUUUCUUUAUCCGUGACUUGGCAGCUAGGCUGGAUGAAGAUUUGCAAUUUUUAAGUGAUGGCCAAACCUCAUGUCAAAACCAAAGGCUAAGCAUAGCUGCAGUGUUGUUGGAGACACAUUACAGCAAAAGCCUUUGCCAACUGGAAUAAAUUCAGUCGUAAAUUUGUCAAGGGACAGGGGUGUAUUUGUUUGCUGAGGUGUCUGCUGUAUGAACCACAUGCAAGUAUCUGCACACUAAUUGAGGGGAGUUGUUGUAUUUGGCAGCUUGGUGCUGAAGUGCCACAUCCAACAAAUAAUGCUUUUACUCUCUGUGUCCGCUUGGGUUACUUUGCUUUCAAAGAAAAAUGUAGAUUUGGCUUUGCCCCUUGUCAUUAUGGCUGCAUCGAGUAUACAGUAUUAACAAGAAUAGAAUCAUAAAGCACAUAACCAAAACCAAAACCAAUUUUGUCAUAAGACUUAUUUAACCAAGGGAGCGCCAGUUGGUGAGCAAAAACACAGCAAAGAAAAUAUAACAAUGACAAAUUGUCAAUGCGAAAAAUUGCAAGUAAAAAUCAACCUAACUAAGAGAGAUACUGUACUAGAUAAAUCGGAACAAAAACAGAUGAAGAGAUUCAAACCUGAAAGCUCAGUGAGGCAGACUUGCUCACCACUUGUAUGCCAUGCUGCAAAUCUGCAUGUUGCCUUUAAUUUUAACAUUCUAAAUGGUUUUGAACUGCGUUUUAGACACAGUAAAGCGUAUCAACAUGUGACACGUGUGACAACUCUCCACAUUCUACUUGUUAUCCACUCUAUCUACUGGUUUUUCAUUGGACAGAGGGCUUGUUGAUUACAUCCUAUGGAUCUCCAUCGUAGAUUCAAAUGUCGUGUGAAUCCAUGUAACCCCAGAACCCUCCGUGUCUCACCCACCUUCCCUGAUUCCCUUGUUUGAGAAGAUAAAGUAGAGCCUGUCAGUGCUUCCUCUGUGGAGGAGCGACAGCUGGAUGAGGAUGAGGAUGAGGAUGAGGAUGAGGAUGAGGAGGAGGAAGUUGCUUGUUGCCAGAAGGAAGUGACAUGUGAGCAACCAGGCACCAUGCUAUUAGAGCAGAAAGAUUUGGUAACAGAAGCGCUGGUUUUGGCGUGCGAGCUAGCCCAAACACCUGAGGUGCUCAAUGGAGGAAGUCAUCACAGGGAGCACAGUCCGUCAAGAAAAGGUUUGUCAGGGUGCAAUGUGCAAAGGGGGGGGACACCUUUUGUAUCAGUGUGUGAGUGUAAAUGCAUGUGUUUGGUUGGAAAAAUGUAUCAGAGGAAUAUCUUGCACCUAAUUACUUGCAUCCUGCAGCUUUGUUGCUCUUAAAUCCUAAAGCUUCCCCACCCUCAUUAUUCUUUGCUUGUUCACUCUUCCAUUCGUUUUUAUAUCGACCGUUGUUGGACGAUAUUAUCAACCAUGUGAUGGUUGACAAUGGCUGUCCUUUGUGUGUUGCCAGCUACAUUGCGAAUGCAAGUAGCACUUGUCACAUUAUUGUGCAGUCCCGAGAACAGUGACAUGUAUGGUUGCUUUCUGAACCAGUAGUGAAUGUGAUGGGGUUUUUUUUCCUGACACAAUUGACAUCCUAUAUACUGCAAUAGGAGUUCAGUAAUAUUUGUGUACUCUUACUUUUCAUCAUCUAAAAUCAUGCAACCCAUGCCUUCAUUUUAGUUGUGCAGGUAAGCGUAGAUGCUGCGACCUACUUGUUGCACUGCAGUGUGUUUAGAGAGCUUCUGCUUCUGUUUGCACAAGGCUUUGCCUUGACUGAUGUUGCCCAGCUUUUUGUAGAUGCUGAUUUUAGACAGAAUGACUCCACACAAAACUGUACAGUGUCCUCCAAACUCGCAGCCCAACCUGAAGAAAGUACCAGAAUGGAGUCGUGUGUGUGUGAAGACAAAGAUGAAGACAAAGAGCAUCCCCUCUUAAAGAUUGAAUCAAUUCCAGAAUGUGGUGUUGAGUUAAAGGAUAUGGUUGUGGGGUCGGGCACAAAAACAUACUUCGAGUUGGUCACAUCAGAAAAAGAGGCUAUUGCAGGUGAACAAAAGUACUUCAAGUCAAGUGAAUUCUCAAUAGGGUGGGAAGCCAAGGGACAGAACUCAAGAACCUUUUCUCAAAGCUCGUGUCCGGUAAGUGGAAGUUUCAGCAAAUUAGUGGAGACAGGCUCCUCUGGGAAGACUUCAUAUGCCUCAAUUUCAACGUUACCUGAGAAAGACACUUCUUUACCUUCUCCUGAGCAAUCAAGCACGGGUCGUGAAACAUUGGAACUGGCAGGCGUCCUCCCUCUUCCCUCACUGCAGAAGACAGAGCAUGAUAGCAUAAGACCAAUAAUGGGUGCUCUGAUUGGAAAAUCUCUGGCCAAGCUCACCCUUGCAGAGCAGACUUUAAUUCUGUUGGGUGAAGAAAGACAGCACGAAGACCUGGGCUCCAGUGUUUUUAAUGAGUACUCUGGGCCAAUGCCUUCUCCUGCUGACAAACCCAGUCCAGAUGACUGUUCUUACCAUUGUUUCACUACUAUGGAGUUACAUGUGGACAAGCCUGGAGCUGCUGAAGUUGAAUUUGAUAAUAAAUUACAAGAUAACAAAGUGUCUAAUCAUGGAAUGUCACAAAAAUCACCUCCCCUGGCUAAAGGACUGGAAAAAGCUGUGAUGAGUGGAAUGAAACCAGAUCGCCUCAGAAUCCCAUUGGCCAGUCCAAAAGACAGACUGAUUCGUUUGGGGAGCGGUUUACCUGGUGACAUAAAAAUCCAAGCAAUUCCCGAAGUAGACCUUGAAAAAGAUCCAUCAAGAGAGGCCUCACCUGUCCCACCAGACAGUACCUUUGUAUUUACAUCUACGGAAAUUGAAAGUGAGCUUCCGCUCAGUCUCACCUGCCCCAAAAGCCCAGACAAUACCUCCCAAGAUACACAGAUUUCUGGAGAGAAAACAAGCGAUAUUUCAGGUGAUUCUAUAAGAAAAAACAAGGCUGGCGGGAUUACUAUGGAACAGAUAAAGAAACCUGAGCAUGAGCAAGAUUGCGAGAAGUUGCUCGGUGAUCCCAGCACACAUGCUAUGUCAGAAACUAGAGAAAACGAAGAGAUCCCCAAAGCCCUUAAGCCCUCUGAUGAAAUGAGUACACUAUACUUACAGGAAGGCUCACCAAAGUCACAAUUUCCCUUUCCAGUCAUAAUUAUACCUCAAGCGCAAGUCGCAGAAGAGGAUGAGCGAGAGGUUGUUGAAGAGAUCAUGUGUGAUGCUUACAUGCACGUGCUCCCCAGAGUGGAUCAGGUUGAACCAGAACUGGUGGAAGUGGUUCAGUCGCCCACAGUACAGGAAACCAGCAGUUUUGGGCAACCUAAGAGUGAUCUUUGCGGCCCCUUUGCAAGCACCGAUGAUGACUCACUACAACAGCAACAAACUAGUAACAAGGAGGAGAUGGUUGGCCCAGAUGAUACAACUGAACUGAAAAAGGAGAAGACAAUGGGGAUGCAGGAUGACGGAACCGCUUUAGACAUAGGUCCGAAGGUAGAAGACAGUAGUCAACCCGCUCAUGAUGAAGCUACAGUGAAAAUUUCCAUCGGUGACACAGACGGUAGCUGGACUGAUUCAAAAGAUGAUGACAAAACUAUCAUCACAAAGCAAAUCGUAGCCCUUCUGCCAAUCCAGUGUGCCACUCGGGAUGUAAUCGGGAAGGACACACCUUCCAAACGGGUCCCUGGGAAAGGCAGUAAAGUGACACGGAAAGGUCCCAGCAUUCGCCUAAAAGAGGAGAUGAAGAAGAAAAAAGUAAGCGUCAUGCGGAGGGGGGACCAGAAUAAGGUCUCAGCCUUCCAGAGUCGAAAAAACGUAGCCAAGGCGGUGGCCAGACAUCCUCGGCCAGCUGUGCGUCACGGUUCUGCUAGAUGCAAAGCCGCAGGUGUAGAAAGCUCUCAACCUUUAAGUGUCCACCAGUCCAGGGAGAGACCAACUAGCCCCACACGGCCUGUUCUGUUAAAAGUGGCAUUGCAGAGCCACAGUUCUGAUCAGGAACCCCCACGGCCUGACUCUGCAUGUAGCCUUAAACGGAGCCCCCAAGUGCAGGCGGUGCUCAGUGAGGCCCGGCCCUCCACUGCAUGCUCCCGCCCUCCCCCUCUGAAAAAUACACAGGAGAGAGCAUACCGUAGUCCAGAGAAGAGGUCAUCUCUUCCCAGGCCGUCCAAGUCACUGACCCGUCACCUUCCUGCAGCUGAACAAGAAGACAACAGCACUCCCCCCAGGCCAACCUCUAUCAGCUCUGAAGCCAAAGUCGACUGCAGGUCUGGGAGGGGCCCUAGUAUGGCAGGUACGGAUUCUGGACGUUCCUGGUCAGCCCGCAGUGGAACUUCUACCCCUGGAUCCUCUGCGGUCACACCUGGCACACCCCCGAGCUACUCCCGCACACCCGGCUCACGUACCCCCGGCAGCCACACGCCCAAGUCCUUCAGCGUUCUCCAGGAAAAGAAGGUUGCGAUAAUCCGCACCCCGCCCAAGUCCCCGUCCUCAGCCCAGCGGCAGUUGAAGGUUGUCAACCAACCCUUGCCUGACCUCAAGAAUGUCAAGUCAAAGAUUGGAUCCACCUCCAAUCUUAAACACCAACCCAAAGGCGGACAGGUGCAAAUUUUAAACGAGAAGCUGGACUUCAGACAUGUUCAGUCAAAGUGCGGCUCCAAGGAUAAUCUGAAGCACACGCCCAAAGGAGGCAAUGUCAUGAUUCCAAGUGUUAAACUGGACUAUAGCCACGUCCAGGCUAAAUGUGGCUCCCUGAACAAAAUCCAACAUGCCCCAGGAGGAGGAAACGUCCAAAUCCAGAGCAACAAAAUGGACUUAAGCCACAUCACUUCGAAAUGUGGCUCCAUGUCUAACAUCCACCACAGGCCAGGCGGAGGGAACAUUCGGAUCGAGAAUGUGAAGCUGGACUUUAAAGACAAAGCCCAACCCAAGGUCGGCUCACUGGACAACUCCAGCCACAUGCCAGGAGGCGGGAAUGUGAUGAUUGAGAGCCACAAGCUGAACUUCCGUGAAUCUGCCAAAGCUCGAGUGGACCACGGUGCAGAAAUCGUUGUCACACACUCCCCAGGGCUGGAAAUGGGAGGCACCUCGCCUCACUUGUCCUCCGCAGGCAGCCUGAAUCUUCUAGAGUCUCCACAGCUUUCCACACUGGCCCAGGAUGUCACCGCCGCACUGGCCAAGCAGGGUUUAUGA